AUGGUAGUGCGAGCAUCGUUGCAGUCUUCUUUUAAUUUCGACCAAGUGAAAACAAAAACCGUCGAGAAUCUAAUCUUCCAGCUGAUAAAUGAUGUGACAAACAUCACUGAAACAUUUCCUCUACAACCUGGACAAACAUCCGAAAGUCUUGUUGUGGCGGUUGAACGUAGUGUGCAACAAUUUCUUGACCAAGGUGAUGCUGCUAUACGAUCGUGUCCUUUGGCGCAUGGGUCUGCUCUGGAGACGUUGACAGAUGCCUUAGUCGAAGUUCGAGACACUGGCCAAUCAAUGUCGUUUGCUGGUCGUGAUUUCAUUCGCGACAGUUCGUCCUCACAGCGGCGAGCAAGUGCGAUCAACGCUGGUAAAACAUUGCUGCAAGCCGUCGCUCAUUUCCUCAUUCUCGCGGAUUCAAUUGAUGUGGCUUUCAUUGUUGAGGGCAUCGAUAAGGUACGGACUAUUCUUGAUGGGAUCCGAUCAGCAACUUCAAAUCAAGAAGUAAUUGACCGGUAUCAGUUGAUGAUUGCCGAGAUUGAAGAAAUCGAAGAAACUGUGCGGAGACGCAUUGCUGACCUUCGCGAUCCAAACCAGCGGGACGAUUUAUUAGCUUGUAAAGGACUUUUGAAGUCAUCAUGCCCUCUGGUGUUUGCUACAACUAAGGCAUUUGUACGCCAUCCGGAAAGCGACGAAUCGCGGCAAAACCGUGAUUAUGCACACGGAGAAGCGUUGGCAGCGUUGAAUGCUAUGGAUGCUAUCCUUAAAGGAGAAAAGGCUGAUAUGUCGUUCACUGCUCAAGGGCGAUUAGGUCACCUCAUCAGUGAACUUGAUCAAUUCCAGAAUAGAGUGUACCUCGAACCUGGAACUUAUAAGCCCCACAUACACCGUCCAGAGUUAGAAGAACUUCUCGAACGAAUUGUCAGCGGAUCAGCUGCAAUCGCAGAUUCGGGCAGCACUCGUGCUGAUCGCAAACAAAAAAUCGUUAGCGAAUGCAAUAAUCUCCGCCAAGCUUUGCAAGAUUUACUUGGAGAGUAUGAAAAAAGCUGCGGAAGAGAUAACAACGAAGAUGUUGACUUGGCUAUGGUGCUGGUGGGGCGGAAAGCAAAAGAUUUGAGAAGGCAUCUGCGACGAGCUGUAGUUGAUCAUGUGAGCGACGCAUUUCUGGAUACGAAUACUCCUCUUCUUAUUCUAAUUGAUGCUGCGAAGCGAAGAGACAGUGAAGGGACGACUCAGGCUGGACAAUUGUUCCUUGAACAUGCUAAUAAAAUAGUGGAUGUAGCACACUUGGCUUGUGAGAUGUCAUCGGACGUGGAAGGUGUCCGAAUUAUUCGAUAUACUGCGAACCAGCUUAGGAAACUAGCUCCUCAGGUGGUGAACGCCGCUCAACUAUUAUGCCUACGCGGUGACAGCAAAGUUGCACAGGAAAAUAUGGAUUUGUUCCGGGAUAUUUGGCAAGACAAAGUGCGGUUGCUAACAAUGGCUAUUGACUCGAUAAUGACCCUUGACGACUUUUUGGCAGUCAGUGAAGCGCAUAUCGUUGAGGAUGCCAUGGCUGGUUUACAGGCUGUUCACGAAGGAGAUGGAGACAUGCUGGAUAGAGCAUCAGGAGCGAUCCGUGGCAGAUCGUUGAGAGUUUGUUCGGCAGUCGACGCUGAAAUGGACGCAUUGCAGCCAAGUGCUUAUACAGAGCGAGUGAAGUUGGCAACGAGAAGGUUAAGGGAUGAGAUGUUGAGCCAGUACGCUGUUCGUGCGGAGGCAGUUGUUACCCGAUUAGAAGCAGUCGGUCCGAAUUCAACUCAGGAAGAAAGGGAUCGUGACUCAGACGAGUUUAUCAACGCCUGCACUCUGGUGCACGACGCAGUAAAAGACAUCCGCAAUGCACUUCUGGUGAAUCGGCAUCCAGAAGAUGUCGAUUCGGAUAACGAAUAUGAGGAUGAUGGUCAAACGAAUGUGCACGAUAACACCAGUAGGAUAUCAGAAGGAGAGAACCAACAAAAAAUCAUGCGUCGUCUACCAGAGGAGGAUAAGAAGAAGAUCCAAGAGCAGAUCGAUGUCUUUAAGAUCACCCAGACGAAAUUCGAACGGGAAGUGGCUAAAUGGGAUGAAAGUGGCAACGAUAUCAUCGUGUUAGCGAAACAUAUGUGCAUGAUUAUGACUGACAUGACUGAUUUCACAAGGGGUCAUGGACCUUUGAAGACCACGAUGGAUGUGAUUCGUGCAGCACAAGAAAUUUCCGUGGACGGUUCAAAGUUAAAUGCGCUAGCGAAACAAAUUGGUGAUGAAAGUGUUGAUUCGAACACGAAAGCAGAUCUUUUCGCUUAUUUAUCGCGGAUCACGCUCUAUUGUCAGCAGUUGAACAUCUGUAGCAAGGUAAAAGCGGAUGUGCAGCAGAUUGGUAACGAUGUGGUAGUUUCCGGCUUGGAAUCAGCCAUGUCGCUUAUCCAAACCGCCAGAAAUCUUCUCGGUGCCGUAGUUCUGACGGUCAAAGCUGCAUAUAUUGCCAGCACGAAGUUCCGUCGGCAUAACUCACAAGCGCCAUAUGUGCAAUGGCGUAUGGCUCCACCUAUGAAGCAGCCUUUAGUACCGGUACAAAAGAAGCACGGCGUGAUUCGUCGAGCAAGUGAGCGACGUCCUAUGGCGCCAGCCCGCGCCUUAGCCGAAUUUGUGCAGUGA